AUGUCGGAGCCGGAGCCUGCACCUCAAAGGCCCGGCAUCUUGCACGGCACCAACGCGCCACUGAGUAGCGCCCUCAGAGCAGAGUUAUACCAGGCUAUCGAGGCCCUUUACGCGGUCGGUGGUGGGCCCGACACGUCCCACGCGAUCGAGUCAGAGACAGAAAACCAUCCGACUACGACAGAACAGCACUCCGCCUCCAGUCAUGCAAUAGAUGCUGCAUACGGCCGGCUCACUGAGAUUUUGAAGCACUGGGACUCUAGGACUCAGGAUCGAUCCUUGUCGCUUCAAUAUGCUAUCUACCACUUCCACGUCCCGAAAAAUGGCAUGGAAUUCGAGAGUUGGGUCAUGGGGCAGAACAUGUCUGCUGCUGACUCUACUCUCAUUACUCGUCUCAUCGACUUGUGCCCUCGGCUAGGAUUUGAGGUUCUUCCAGUGGUUAUGAAAUACACAGGAAAACAUUGCCAGUACCAAGCUUGGAUUUCCUUUCAGAGAGACGGCAAUGCUGGGUCGCAAACCCCUGAGCAGAAUGGCUUCUGGCAGGUCAACCAGCAUAUUAGACACUUGCCCAGCAUUGGGUAUUUUGGCAGUUUUGAUGAUUUCACGCUUGCUGAAAACAUCGAUUGCCAAGAGGGUAAUGUUCUAGAUGAUAGGAAUAUUCUCUGGGAAAGCGCCCGUCGGUCAAUCUUUUCAUGGCAAUGGCCCUAUGAGAAGCAGGCAUUUGACGAGGAGCUAAGAUAUCGUGAGGCAAACCCUCAGUGGUACCGGAACAUUGUCCCAGGCACUAGCGGUGACCUAGGACAAUACUUCGCACCAGCAAUCAUCAUUACACCUCUCCGAACACAACUUGACUUUGUCAACACGACCAAUCAAACCCAGCUUGCUGGAAACCUCUGGCGCUAUCUCUUGCGGCAAUGCAGAGGAUCUUCAGAGUCAGCGUUCUACUUUGAAGCACUCAAGUCUCUUUGUCAAUUUGUUUGGCCUCAGUACGGCAAUGAGUUGCCAGAGACACAGAUCCUUGGCCUGCGAGUUAGGAGCCGUGAAGAUUUCAUGGGAAAGAUCGACCAAGAUCUCAUGGGUGAUUUGAUAUUGACUUCACUGGCGUUCAACGACCAACAACUUUUCCAAAACCUUGUCGCCAACAUCCAGUCCAAGCCGAUAGUAGACUAUGACUGGAUAUGCCAGAAUGCAAUCUUUCAUGGCUACUCGGCAGCUGAUGCUCUUUAUGAACUUCGCCAUUUCCUAUCCGAGGGCAACAACUUCUUGCAGGUUGCAAGCAUCAUCGACAAGCUGCCUGCAUGUUCCGAGGCCAACAACUCGAGCCAUUACACCCAGGAACUGGGAAUCACGGCUAUCAGAAUGCUUGAAGCCCCUCUUUCAGCUAGCCAUGGCCGGCUCAUAGUAAACCUCUUGAAGUUGUUCAAGGACUUUGGCACGUGGAGGGACACGGUGAACGCAGCCGUGAGCCGACUUGGAGAAACUCAAGAGCAGAGUCAAUUCAUUCUCGGAUUGUUUAACAGACUUUUCGAGGUGGCCAAGAGACAGAAGCUCCCCCUUGACCAAGUCACCGAAUUUUACGAGAAGCACGCAGGAGUGACAGGAGCAUCACGAACGCUAUGGAACAUCAAAAACUUGGUUAGCAAUGCCAACAAAGAACAGAGCACCGAAGCCCAGGCUUCUCGCAAGGCUUGGUGCGUUGCUGAACCGACGGAGGAACGUCUUCACGACCUCUCAAAGCUGGGCCCAACGAAUCACACAAUGAUCGCUGGACUACUCCGAAACCUUGAUCGUCUAGGUAUGGUUGAUCAACUAUCUGAUCUCACAAAUCACAUUGCCCAGCAUGUUACCGAGAUCGAGCCUAUCCAUUUGGCAUCUCUCUGGCUGCCAUUGCUCAAGACCCUCCAGGAUGUGGCGGACCCCGAUAAGCCGGCAUAUCAGCGCCUCUUUCAGGCCAUCUUUGUGCGUUACGAGAGCGCAGUGUUUGAGGAUGUCUCAGGUCUGAUCGAGCGGGAGCCAAAGUCGAUACCCCCAAUGGCCGAAUGUUGCGGUCACUGCAAGACUCUUAACUCUUUCUUCGAGCAACCAUCUUGGAAAACAAUUCACCUGGUAAAGCCCAGAGCAAUUGUAGACCAUAUUCAAGGACAGCUCAACAAGCAAGACAAGCCCAUCAAAGCAGCUAUCUACGGUAAGAACGAGGCUAGUCUGACGAUGCAGCUUACCAAAUUUUCGCUGGUCAACGAAAGAAUCCGCACAAGUGAAAGAUUGAGGAGACAGGAGGCUACCAGAGCUGUUCAUCAAUUCGACCCAGAUGUUCUGCUUUCAUUCCUUGGAGACAAGGGUGGGAUCAUGUGGAAGCUUGGAGAUGCGGAGUCUCAGAGGCCUCUCACAAGCACCGCCGCAAGACCCGCAGCUUCUUCUCCAGCUAUUGUGACUGUUGAGCUACCCAGGCCAAGCUCUACGUCCACUUCAAGCAUUUCUCUGGUGUCUUUGGAGACGCCUCGAAGGAGCCACCAAGAAUCCCCAACCAGAAACGAGCUGCCACCAAGCAACAGCGUAGCCCAAAACCAGGCAACUCCAGAGGUGGAGGGUGUGGACAUGGCAAACAUUGUGAAGCCAGAGCCUUCGUCUACUACCAUUUCAGCGGCUAGACGGUCAGGUCACAGGGAUAUCAGGGAGAUGUUUGGCGCGAGUGUCAAAAAGGAGCAGUCUACAAGUACCCCAAGCGGCAGCAGCCAAGAUGCUCUACCCGUCUCCAGCGACACCUCGACGAGAGAUCCACUCAAGAACUUGGGCAGGAUCAAGCUCGAGUCUACGCCCAAGUUUGAUGGUGAAGCGACGGCCCGACUCCGGGCGAAGCUAGACAAGAGACUGACGCCGAGAGAGACCCCUCGAAGCGGCAAAUUCGAUUCCAGUGUGUCGAGAACGCGGGACCCGUUGGCACCGUUUGGAGGAAUCAGCUCGAGAAAAGAGCCCGUAUCGUCGUUCAGCAGACGAGCCGGGUUAACGGGGACUUUGGAGCCCAUGUCUUCGCUUCCGAGCAGGCCUGACGAACCUUCCAAAACACCGCGGCUGGACGCCAUGAUGGGUGGUCCUACGCCUAAGCCUACGCCGCGUCUGGACGCCUUAUCGGAAGGGUAUUCCAACAGCAGUCGACUAGGCCUCGGGGUUAGACCUAGGAGCCCUUCGAGCAGCCCGUCACCAGCUACCGGCAGCAGCAACCAGCCGGACUACAUGGCGGCGAUCCUAGACGCGGAGCGCUCCAAGAAGCGUCGUGCCGGCUCGACAUGGGAGGUGCGGUCGGCCUCGGGUAACAUUAUGGGUUCGGGCACGGCGUCCUCUGCCGCGAGCAGGUCGCGGUUCAACGGACUUGUCGACGCAAGUCAACAAGAAAACCCCAGGGUCACUUCCCUUAUGAACGAGAAAAGUCCCCCACGUUCGUGCAGCGGAUUUGGGGGAGGAGCGAGAGCUUCGUCGGGAGCUCUUACAGCGCGGUCUCAUAAUGUGAGGCCGGGGCAGAGUCGCAUCUCCGGCACGAUUCCUCGCAAGAGACAGAUGGACGACAAUGACGACGAGGAUGUUAUUGACCUCUGCGGCGACGAUGGCCCUUCUCUCGGAGGACGUUUCGGAGGAGGAGCCUCGGGGGGGAACAAGAGGGUCAAGACCACCCCGAUCUUCAACCUCCUUGAUGAUGAUCCUUUCGGUGAGGAUUAA